AUGGCCAUCCGAAACGAGAAGGCGCCGAACGGCUCCAUCUCGACAUCAUCAUCAAGAGGGCGUCAGGUCAAGAGACGAGGCUUUUUCUCACGGCUCAUCAGCAUAGCUCUGAGACUGUCCAUAUGGUACACGCUCCUGACCGUCGUCUUCCGCUGCCCGUCAUCGCCCAAACAACUGACCAAGGACUCACCUAACGUGUGCGAGCCUUACUUUCAGCUGAGAGACUUUGCCGUUCCUCACCUUCAGCCCUACUAUAACACCUAUGCCGCCCCCUAUGUUCAACAAGCCCAACCUUACUUUGACCGCGUCAAGGAACAGGCCUACAUCCCUGCUGCCGCUUUUGCCCAGAAGCAUGGCGCUCCUCGUGCCGCUCAGGUCCAGGCCUACGCGACCAAGGAGUGGAAGCGAUCCGUCCGUCCCCAGCUGGAUGUCGCCAGUAAGCACGCCCUGAAGCAGUACGACUCUACCCUGGGUCCCCACGUUCAGAGGGUUCAAGAUGCCGUGUCUCCUUACUACACAAACGUCAAGGCCUCGGCCUCUGACUUCUACGAACUCGAGUUGCUGCCCGCCUACAAGCACACUGCUCCCUACGCCAAGAAGUUCUACGGCCAAGCCCAUCGUUUCUCCGUCAACACCGCUCUGCCUUACGCUCGUUGGGGCACCGACUUGACUUUCACCUUUGUUCGCCGACAGAUCUGGCCUAGGAUACAGGUCCUCUACGGAGAGAACGUUGAGCCUCAAAUCUUCAAGAUCACCCAGAGACUCGGUCGCUACCGCGAUGAGAAGAAGAUUGAAGCCGCCGUCGAAUCCGCCGAGAGUUCCGCCUCUUCUUCGUCAUCUUCCGUUUCGUCGGCUGCGUCCGCUUCGUCCACUGUUGUCUCUAGCUCACCUUCGGCUGUCGUCUCAAGUGCUAGUUCCGUUGUUGAGUCCAUCAUGACCAAGGCAUCUAGCGUCGUCGUUGCUUCGCCUUCAAUGGCACCCAGUGAGGAAGAGCCAAGUGCUGCUGAGCAAUUCUCGCAGGACUUGAAGGUUUGGGAGGAGCAUGUGUCCAUUGCUGUGCGUGAGGGACUUGACCACCUUCGCGAGCGUAUCAACGAGAUUUGCGACCGCCAAGUUGAGACUCAAACCAACGGUGUUGGCGAGGCUUUGAUCAUCCAGCUGGAAGAAAGUUCCUCGUCAGCCUUUAGAAGUCUCAAGGCAAGGGUCGAAACUGUUAUCGAACAUCUUCCUGAAGAGCCUUCAGAGUCUGAUAUCUCAUCUGCCCAAGACACCAUCAACAAGGAAGUCAAGAAGGCUGGUCAGACUAUCAAGCAAAAGGCUCAAAACGUCCGCGACUGGAAACAGACCUUUGACAAGGACAUUACCCGUCUUAUCGAGGCUGCCGCCAACUCUACUCUUGAGACUAUUGACAGCAUUCGUGACCUCCGUCUGCAGGAGAUUGGUAGACGGUGGGCUUCCAAUGCUGCCAUCACUCACAGAGACUGGACUAAAUACAACGACCUGAAGAAGGCCUCGAGCAAGGGCCGCGAUGAGGUUACCGCUCUUGCCACCUCAGACGAGCUCACCGAGGCCAAGAAGAGUGCUCAGUCAAUCGAGGAGAGAGCCAUGGCCGUUGCUGAAGACGCUGCCAAAGAGCUUGCCAGACUCAAGAGCGUUUCUCAAUGGAAAUUGGAAGCUAGAGACUCUUCCGAUGACUUCAACACAAAAUACGCUCCCGCUGCCGCUGCCUGGGCCAAGCAACAAGUUGCCGACAAGAUUUCUGCUGCCAAAGAGGCCGUCGCUGGAAGUUCACAAGACACAGCCGAGUCGGCCACAUCGGUCUUGUCCUCUCAAGGCUCUCAAGUUGCAUCCAGCAUGUCCACCCAGGGUUCUCAAGCGGCCUCAAGCAUUUCUUCUCAGGGUUCGCAGAUGGCGUCCAGUGCAUCUGAGGCUAUCUUGGGUACAAGUACUGGUUCUGUUGAAAGCGUUGCGUCCAAGGUAUCCGAGAAGGUUAUUGGUUCUGAGCAACCAACCGUGGAAAGCAUUGUUUCUGUCGUUUCCGAGAGCGCUAAGAGCGCAGCCACGAUUGCAUCGGAAUCUGUCCUGGGCACUCAGCCUGGUGUCGCAGAGCAGGCUGCCACGAAGGUGUCUGAGGCUGUAGUUGGCCGUGAUACCCCCGUCAUCGAGAGCGUUUCCUCUGCAGCCAGCUCAGUUAGCUCGCGAGUUGCUGACCAGUCUCUUGACCCUGAGAUGGCAAAGAGCUUGAAAUCUGCAAAGUCUAGCGUUGUCUCUGUUGCCAGUGAUGCCUCUUCUAGCAUUGCCUCGGUUGCAUCUAGUGUGUCGGCUCCGUCCAUUGUGUCCGAAGCAUCUUCGAGCAUUGAUUCAGUUGCUCAGCAGGGCUCAUCAAGCGCCUCGUCUGUAGCGUCUCAAGUCUCCGAGAGUGCAUCUGANCGUCUCUGCACAGGCCUCAAAAAGGUUUGGGGCGGAGCGAUGGCUCAGGCAGUUCCUUCGGCACGUUCCAUUGUUCUUGACGACGAUAUUGUUGACGGCGAGAACACUUACUCCAGCAAGCUCCAAGACAUGCUCGGAAAGGCCGGUAGUCAAGCAAGUCAGCUCACCCAAGCAGUUCAAGACGCUUUGAAGCCUGCACCCACUCAGGGCAGUGUCGAGUCGGUCACAUCUCUUGCUAGUGAGCAGUACGAAAGAGCUCUCUCUGCAGCAAGCAGUGUCAUCUUCGGUACCGAACAAGGUGUCGGAGAGUCACUGUCGAGUGUCGCUAGUGACAGAUAUGCCUCGGCGGUCUCCGCCGCAUCGAGUGCUAUCUAUGGCGAACCUAUCCCUGCCACUAAGUCGGUUGCAUCUCAAGUCGCAUCAGUAGCAGCUUCUAUCACUGCUGGCGCUAGUAGCAACGUGGACUCUCUCCAGUCGCAGGCUAGCUCAAUCUACACUGAGGUGCAGUCCGCCUACUCGAGCUCUAUUGCAGACCCCCUACAGUCUGUCUACUCCAACUCCAUCGCAGACCCGGUACAGUCAGCUCUGUCUUCCAUUUCGUCGAUAGCAUCUUCAAGACUCCAGGAAGGUCUUUCAUCUGCAAGUGCUCAAUUUGAACACGCUAAGAGCGCUGUCGGCGCUUCGCCAACACCUGUCCAGCAGGGCGUCUUGGCAGAUGCUCAGCGCAGGUACUACGAAAUGGUGGGUUACGCGUACGAUCGUUACUCGGCCUUUGAGUCUGCUGGAAGAGACAUGGUUGCUACUCGUCCUACAUCCACCUCUGGCUAUUUCAAUGCACUUGCUGCCGCUCAGAGCCAGUACAGCAGUGCCGUCAACGCUGCUUCAAGCAACAUGGAUAGCAUUCUCUCCUCAGCACGUUCUGUUGUCAGCGGCACCACUCAGUCUCCAGCUCAGAGUUUUGUUGACCAGGCAUCGAGCCAAUACGACGCCGCGACAUCGAGUGCCUCCUCUUACCUCGUUAUCGCUUCAUCCAAGGCCAGCCAGGCUAUUUACGGCACUCAGCCUGCCAUGUACGAGAACCUUCUCGCCUCUGCCCAGAGCCAGUAUGAUGCUGCUUACAGUGCUGCAAGCUCUAACCUGAAUAAUAUCCUUGAAUCGGCAAACUCCAAUGCUGGGCCCGCUCUGGACUCUGCCUUCGAACAGUACGAAUUGGCAGUUUCAGCUGCUGGUGAGCAGUUUUCAAUGGCGAGUGUCAAGGCGAGUGAAGCAAUCUACGGAAUUUCAACAGGAUCUGUCGAGUCAAUUGCCAGCGCUGCCAGCACCGCCAUCUAUGGAAGUGAAACUCCAUGGACGGAAGCAGCUGCUUCUCAGGCAAGCGAAAAUUGGGAGAUGCUGGUGUCCAAGGCCAGUGAACAAGUUUAUGGUUCUCCAACACCCUUCUUCUCCCAAGCUGGCGAAUACGCUUCUCAAGCUACCGUUGCUGUGGUUGAACAGUAUGCCGCAGUCUCUGCCCUGUUCGACGAGCUCGUCAACGGACGCGAGCCAGAGUUCACCGAAAGUGUUUGGAACCGCCUUCAAUCUGCUUAUUCGACCGGGGCUCCAGCCAUUGCAUCGAGUGCAUCGAGCUAUGCUCAAGACGCUUACGCUAGUGCAUCUUCAUUCUACGAAUCAGCCUUCACUCCACCCCCAACUGUUGAGGCUCUUCUCGAUAACGUCAAUGAACAAAUCAAUUCUGCAGUCGACGCUGUCUCGGCCCAGAUUUACGGCACUACCAAGGGCAACGUGGAGCAGAUGACCGAAGCUGUUGGCAGCGCGUACAACGACGUUGCCUCUCGCGCGAGUGAGGCUGUAUACGGAACCACUACCGGUUAUGCCGAAGCGGCUCAGAGCCAGAUCUCUGAUGCUGCUUCGUCUGCGCAGCAAGCUAUCAGCGAAGCCUUGUUUGGAACACCCUCUACUGCCGCGGCAGCCAGCAUCUACACGUCGAUUGCAUCGGUCGCAUCGGAGAACCGCGAUGCUGUUGUCUCGAAGGCUGUCGAGCAGUAUGAGGCGGCUACAUCAGCUGCCAGCAGCGCCAUCUACGGAUCCGAGAAGGGAGCUUUCGAGAGCGCUCAGAGCAGGCUAUCGGUCGCUAUGGCUAGUGCGUCUAGCAGACUGGCCGAGUUCGGCGAGACUGCAAGCAAGGCAACUGAUGACUCGGUCUCAAAAGUGGUAGAAGCGGGUCAGGAGGCAGCUUCAUCAGCUAGCAGCGUGGCCGAAUCGGUCAGUGCCAGGGUUAGGGAUGAGCUCUAA